AUGGCCAGGAACACCUUUGUGGAGGCGAAUCGCCGACUCGAGGACGAACGACGCGCAAAAUACUGCGGAACCGCCAGCAUCAGAGUAUCAUCUUUGCAGUUUCGUGAUAGGGUCCGGACGGAAGCCGCUUCGCAAAGUAAAAAUGCCGAAUCGCUGAAGAGGAUAUUUCGGGAGGAGCGCGGUUGUCGUCAGGAAGAUACUCGCCAUCAUGCGAAGGCUAUCAUUAGGCCCCAAGACCUUGAAGCAGCAUUAGCCGGCACCGACCUCACAGCCGCACGACUAGCGACGGAUACUCUACCCUACCCUCGACUUGAGUUGCCUCCGGGUAUUAAACUGGAAUGUGUUCAAGGCUGCGACCGUCUUUCGGCGGCCGAUGAGGUGCUGGAGGGCGCGAACAAGCGCUGGGUGGUGGACCUAUUCCUGGACGAUCUGAGCGACGACCUGAAGCGCAUGCUGGUAGAGGACUACGACUAUCACAAAGCCCCUAGCGACGGCGAGAUAUACUACAAGAUUAGGGAGUACCAAGGAAUUGGCGGCGAAGAGAACUUGUUCUUUGAAAGGCUGUGGCUUGGACGAUUGGCAGUGUCGGAGAAUCGUCGGAAAAAUUUUGAUCAGUUGUGUCGUCACCGCAAGUACGCGGCCGCUUUCGAUGACCUGCUGAUUAUCCCCGCGCUGUUGGGAGGUAUGCGCCUCAGCGUCGUCCACCAGAUGAUACCCAUGAAAUGUGACGAGCCAAACAUUUUCUACCUAAGGCACAUACGCAAAUGGUGGACAGAACUUUGCAGCGGCGACCACGAGAGCAUGCGCCAAAUUGACAAAGCAACGGUUGAGGCUCUGCAGGGUAAGGCCCCAGGAGCCUGCAGGUCAGAUCAUGAUGACUUGCUCGCAAAGCUGAAAAGCGGCCAAAUUUUCUGCAAUCUUUCGCAGGAACAGCGCGAGGCCAUGUGGCCCAGAAUUUGCGCCAGCUCCUGCACGCAGUUGAUACCAUCACUGUUCACAUUCUUCGAGGACCGCAAGUUUCUGGCAUGCGCUGCGGAGUGUAUGAAGAAGAUUGUGGACCCUGGACCACGAGACACCAUUGCAAGCCGGUUGGAAGACAUGUUCACAGACGCCGAACAGCGGAGCGAUCGGUGCGUAAUUCAGAUCUCAGAUGGAAGCUUUGGAACUAUUGCUGGCGAUGAGGCACUGAGAUUUGACCUAGGAGUACGUCAGCUUUGGCUUGCUGCGUUCCGUUUAUAUCAAGACCUGCCAACUGAUGCGCACAAGAAAGAUCGGCUGGCAAAAGCGCGGACGAGACCAGACGAAAGUGCACUGUAUGACUUCGCUUCGCUUGCUUCACGACUUGGUUUCGAAUCAGAGAAGAUCAACAUCAUAUUGCAGGCAUCGCCAGACAGGGCGAUUGCGGAACAGGCCCUGCUUGCUGCCCGAAAGCCAACACGGUUUCAGUACGCAAAUCGUGAGCAGCACAUCCAACAAAUAGUCAAUAUAUUCGCGGAAGCCGUUCCCAUAAGCACCGAGGCGCCAGAAGAUGCCGAAACCGGCGUGCGAGUGCAAGCCCCAAAUCGAUACGGAAUACCCCACGACCUGAACCAUGGAGAAGACAAAGCACGGUUGUUCUUUCCCAAGCUGGACGAAGCAGUAGGGUCAGAUCAGACCGACGUUUGUUCGCUAUUUGUUAGAAGGUCGGUGUAUUUGGCUUACUUUGGACAGCCUCCAGCGACCGAGGGAUGCGUUGCAGACCACCAAACGGGAAACCGAGAGGAGCCCAUGACCGACCAGACAUCGCAACCGUUGGACGUGUCCAAUCGUGUGGAGUUGAACAGAGCUCUCAUUCAGCGAGCCCUUGAUCCCGAGCUGGACGAGCCGCAGGACAAUUCGCAUCUCAAUGACGAGCAGAGCAACGAGCUGCAGCGGCUACGAGAACAUAUCGAGGAUGAGCAGGCGAAGCUUGAUCGCCUCAAAUCACUGCUUGCCGCAGAGCAGGCCAAGAUUGAGGAGAGGCAGACGCUGUUGUUGCCGCUCGCGAGACAGGAGCAAGAGCUACGUACCAGUAUCGAGGAGAAGGAGGCCCUGCUGCGGCAACUUGCGGCACAAGAAGAGGAACAACGCGCCAAACUGCGACAGCUAGAGGAUAUGCGGCAGGAACAAGAGAGGAUCCUGGAUCGCUUGACAGAAAGGGCACGCGAGGAAGAAGAGAGACAGCGCACCGAAAUGGCACUGGUACUGCGGAACGACCAUCUGCCUGAGACUGAGGAACGCCGGGAUCAAGACAGUCUGCAGACCGAGACCCCGCAAGCUUCUCUGGGAACAGGCAUGGGGCAGAGCCGGCCGAACAGGAUAACCCGGUUUUCAUUCGGGAGGCUCCUUGAAGAUGCACCAGCCACAACGGAUGUGGACGUGGCAAACGUAGAACAUAGGGCUAUUAUUUUGCCGACGACUAUUCGUAUCGAUUUCAAACUGCUCGAACCAAACGGCAAUCUGAAGGUUGUUGAUACUCUCGAUGUUGAUCCUGCUGAUCCAUCACCGGUGCGUCGGCUCGCAGGAAAGUACGUGAGGAAGAAUUUCUGCCUGUAUGAUACGCAUGGAAGCAAUCUGGCGCCUAAGAACUGCUUCGAGAGGGUAACGACAAGUGGGACUAAUACUAUUGUCUUGCGGGACGUGUCCCAAGCUGGCACUGCGGUCAGGAAAGUGAGGCUUGUGGAUGUUGAGGAGGAGCAAACGAGAAGGAGGAUAAGAAGAAAGGGCUAGAAGUGAUACGAGGUUCCGCUUCGGCGAUGAGGCGUAGAACUAUUAGCGUGCAAUCAUACUGGCUUGUACGAA